UAAGAAAUGCCUAGAAAUGACAAUAAAUAAGUUAAAUGUAUUUGGAAAUGAAGACUUCGGUUGCCAUGGAGACUUAAAUACAGAUCAACUGAAAAUGGAUAUUCUGUUUAAGAAACUAAAACAGCAGUUUGAUGAUCUUACGGCCGAGAAGGAAGCUGUAUCUUCAAAAUGUGUCAAUUUGGCUAAAGACAAUCAAGUUCUUCAACAGGAGUUUUUAUCUAUGAGAAAAAUACAAGAGAAAUGUGAAAAACUUGAGGAGGAUAAAAAGAUGUUGGAAGAAGAAGUAUUAACUCUUAAGACAUAUAUGGAAAACAAUAUGGUAGAACUUGGUAAAGUACAAGAAUAUAAAUCAGAGCUAGAUGAAAGGGCAAUGCAGGCAAUAGAAAAAUUAAAAGAAAUCCAUUUACAGGAACAAGCACAGUAUGAAAAACAAUUAGAGCAGUUAAACAAGGAUAAUACGGCUUCACUGAAUAGGAAGGAACUCACACUUAAAGAUAUGGAAUGUAAAUUCUCUGAAAUGAAAACUGCUUACGAAGAGGUUACAACCGAAUUAGAAGAAUAUAAGGAAGCCUUUGCAGCAACAUUGAAAGCUAACAAUUCCAUGUCCAAAAAAAUAAUGAAAUCGAAUAAGAAAAUAGCAGUGAUCAACACCAAGCUCCUUAUGGAGAAAGAGCGGAUGAAAUAUUUUCUCAGCACUCUACCUACGAGGCCACACCCAGAAUUACCUUGUGUUGAAAAUCUUAAUAGUAUAGGACUCAACAGAAAAUAUAUUCCCAAAAUGCCCAUAAGAAUUCCUACUUCAAACCCACAGACUUCAAAUAACUGCGAGAACUCCUUGACUGAGCUUUUGAUGUGUUGGGCACUUGCUCCAGUCUACUUUCUUCUCUAGAAUCCACUGCCCUAGAAUGAGUAAUUUUCUUAGAAGUAGAGUUGGAGCCACCGAGGAAGCACAGCAGGCUCCCGUUGUGGUGGAUUGUGUCAUCCCACGAUGUCGCUGUUGCUGAGUCCCCAUCGCCUCUGUGUUGUGGAGCAGUUAGAGACACACAGCAGUGUCUGUGAGUGGCUCUGCGUGAAGGACUGUUUUCUAGGUGAGAGGCACAUCUCAGCACAGCUGACUGAUGAGACUCAGCAAUUCCAUUCUGCAUCUGCUCUGGACACCCCAGGACCACCAGGACAACCCCAUCGGGGCCCUGUCACCAGGUCCAGUCUGGCUCCAUGAUACCAAGACGCAGGUCCAGAGACAACCACCCUGCAUGGUGCCUGCAUCUGACCCCCCUUGGUGGGUAGUGAUGAGCAAACAUGGAAGAAGCCAGGGCAGCACACGGACAGCUGCCCUGCAGCCCCAGAUGGCACCUGGCCCUUGGGACGUCAUUCUCAAAGGGGAAGCUGGAAACUUUGAUGUACCUGGAGGGAAGGGUAAACGUGGCCUCCCAACAACCCUAGCAGCCAGCAGCAUGCCAUACAUCUUCUCACCCAACCUGUGGGACAGAGGCCCCCUCCUGGGGAAUAAGAUCCAUCUCUAAAGGGUCCUGUCCCAGUCGGGCCUCAUCUUGCACCCUGGGAGGCGAAGGGCACCAUGGGCCCCCAGCAGCAACCAGGAUUACCACCCAGGGGACUCAGCCUUCUGUGGCCCUGGCCAGACUUAGAAUUUGGCCCAAGACAGGACAAGCUCACUCAGAGCAGCC